UUCUAUACAUUACACGUCAAUAAAUCGGGUAGAAAAGGUAACCUAAAUAUCGUUAUCGUAAAUUAAACUUUUCAUAAAUAAAUGAACCGGUGAUAAGGCCUCUAAAAAACGAUUUGAUGAGCUGACGCCACGUAGAACCUCACCCACCCGGAAAAAGAGAUGUCACGGUACAGGUUAUGUACGAUUUUAAAAGCUUUAAUUGCCGUUCUCCUCAUUUUUUCCUCAUGUAUAAACCAUGCUGUUUGUAUGGGACAAAUUGUGUACGCGAUAAAUUGUGGCGGUGAAGCGCACACGGACUCUGACGGUGUGUAUUAUGAAAGAGAUCCCCUUCAUGGAAAGAUAGGGACAGCAUCAGAUUAUGGAAAAAGAUUUCAUAUUGGAAGAGUGCCUCAAAACGACCAUGUGCUUUAUCAAACUGAAAGAUAUCAUACCAACACUUUUGGUUAUGAUAUCCCUUUAUAUACGGAUGGGGAGUAUGUGUUGGUUUUAAAAUUCUGUGAAGUUUAUUUUAAUGGUCCAGAUCAGAAGGUUUUUGAUGUUGUUUUGAAUGGUGAUCAUGUUAUUAUUUCUGACUUGGAUAUAUUUGAUAAAGUUGGACGUGGAGUCGCUCAUGAUGAAUAUGUUCCUUUUAAAAUUUCUAAAGGAAAACUGUAUUAUAAUGAAGAAGAAUCAUCAGAAAUACGAGGAAAUCGUAUCCGUGUCGAAUUUAUAAAAGGAUAUAAAGACAAUCCAAAGAUAAAUGCAAUGUAUGUAGUUAAAGGUAAAGUGGAUUCGGUGCCAAAACUUGCUCCUUUAGAAGUAGAACAAGUUGAAGAAGAACCAGAAAUAAUACCAAUAAAAAACCGAAGACCAAGUGGUCCAAAACAACCAGAUCCAUACGAAAUAGACGACUCAUCAACAAUGUUACCAGUGUUCAUUGCGAUUGGAACGUUUAUACCAUUAUUAUUCUGCCUUUGCAGGUUGUGAUCUCAAAGACGCGUAAUAAAGAAACUACGACUUUCCUUCUUAAAUAAAAUAAGAAUAAAGAACGUUGUUGUGAUUAGGUAAAUUUAUUAAUAAUGUACUCUCCAGACUGGCGCACAUUGUACUUUUAUUGAAUCCUGUACUUAGAAUAAUUUCUUUUUGGGUAACUAUUUUUUGAAAAUGAAAAGAUACACAAAUAUGAAAUCAAGUAUUUCUGGUAUAGUAUUAUUAUUUAUGCUAUUUCGUGUGUCACAGUGUAUUAAAGUAUAAAGUACUGGUAUAAUGCACAAUUUAGUACUUAAUUAUUUAUAAAUGAAAUUGUCUUGUUUUGUGAAUUGUUGAAACCUUUUUUGAUGGUCUUUUUUUAAUAUAUUGUUAUUAAUGAUAUAA